AUUUUGUUGACAAAUUUUAGGAAGAAAUUUAAAAUGGAACGGAUUUCCGUGUAUUCAAUUACUUGUUGAUUACUUUCUUUUUACCUACUGAAGACUAUAUGGUGUGGCUAAUAAGACGAAAAGAUGGUGUUUCACCAAUAUUCCCUCUUCGUGGAUGCUUUUGUUUGGACAAUCGUUUGGGUUGCUUUAUCUCAACCAUAACUACAGCAAUUAGUUCUGCUAUUUCAUGGGUAUUUGUGGUGCUAGAUUUGGUCACUUGGGCAAUUCCAGAUUUCGUUAUUGAUCCUCAGUUCCCAACAUAUUGGCGUAUUAGAUUUUGGAAAGGCUUCAUAUUGUGUGAUAUUUUCAUGUUUUUUGCAAAUUUGAUUCUUUUGAUAAUGUCCGUAAUUGUGAUUGUUGCUAUUUCUUGGCCAGCGAGAUAUAGACUUUAUCAUUUGAAAUCAUAUCUCCGAGCCUGGUGCAUAAUCAUGGUUCUUUACCAGAUCGCUAAUCUAGGAGUUGGCGUUUAUACGUACUCUUGGUAUGGACUAGCUGCAUGGCGUGCACCGUACUUGAUCUUCAGUGUGAUGUAUUUUAUUGUGUGCUACGUUCUCUAUCUAUGGUGUUGGAUAGUUUGCUGGUCGUAUAAGGUAGAGAUUGAUAUCGCUCUUGAAACCGAGGAUGAUAAAAUGGCGGUUUACAUUUAUUCGCAAGUAGAUGAAAACAGUCUGAGAACUGGAGUCUCUUCUUUUUACAAUUAGAAUGCACUUCUUUCAAAGACUGAAAACUAAUUGUGUUUCUUGUUUUAGGUCGGGUUUUUGAUAGUUGGAUAUUCAUACUAUUCAGAAAUCAAGCUGGCACUAGUUGGCGAAGGUGAUCCAGAAGUUCUACAGGAAAUUAACUUCCUCAGUGGAGCUGCGAGUACAAUGUCACCUCAUAUCUAUACCUUCCCACAGAACCAAAAAAUAUAAGUUUUAAUGUUUUGAUACUAGUGUCACUGAAUUCAUAAUGUGUUGACUUCUGUCAUUAUAAUGGUCCCAGAUAAAAUUAUUUGCAAGUGAUCAAGUGUCAAAGUCUUUUUUAUGAAAUUUUUUUGCUGAUUUGUACGUCAACACAUUUUUACUUGUUGUAUAAUUUUAACCAAACCUUGUCUUUUUUAACGCAUUAUUCUUUUGUAAAAGAAACUCUAUCCUUAGGAUUUAUAUUUGACAUUUUCAAUAAUUUACUUGUUGAUAAGUGUGUAUAUAUUUGUUCAUUACCAAUUCAGAUAUCUGUGCAGUUUUUAUAUAUGUAGUUUGACAUUAUUUGCAGGUUAUGAUGAUCUUUAUGCAACAAAAUAUCAAGUAUUCCUCAAUUUA